AUGAGUCUAGAACGUGUGAAGCAAUUGAUCGAGGAGAACCGUCGUAUAGUAGCGAUGAAAGAGUCGGACUCUGACAGUGCCAAAAACGCGGUUUUUUAUCUUCGCAAGGAGCGCGACAUCUUCAAGAACAUCAACGAGCAGUUCCGUCUUAUUCUCCAAGCAAAAACAGAUACAUACCAACAAACCAAAGCACGUCUUCAGAAAUUUCAAGAAGAAUCCCAACGAGUGAUACGAGAGGCUGAAGUGUCAAAAUCGCUGGGGUGUUUUUGUGAGGAGGACAAGUCAUACAAAGAAAUGCUAUUGGAAAAGAAGGAGGAACAGACAAGGGAAUUGGAGAAAGUUGUGAAGGAAGGAACGGAACUCUUUGACGUGCAGAUGAAAACACUCACACAAAUCUACGACAAGGGAUUCACUGAAAUCGAGAAAUUGAAAAACACCAUUUACAGGGGAAUCCUCCCACGUCAGAGAAGAAGCUCAGUUGACGAAACUGGUCGACAAAAGCUUGUUACAUACGGAAUCAAAGCGCGAGAAAUGAAGAGCGUGAGAGACGUCGAUUCAACGUACUUGGAAUUUUUGCAGUCACAGCAACACAUCCCAACCAACAAAAUAGUGAAGAAAAUCCGACUCACAUCUUCCAUGGAGCACCGCCUUUCCACGGAGUCAAAGUCCAUCGAACGUAAAAAUUCCUCAGAAGAAGGCAGUGGAGAGAAUACCAAUGUUGUUGUUGUGCCCAAAAAGGAAGAGGAGGCAAAACCACUCUUUAUUCUACCUAACACAAACAUCCAGCCACUUACCGAUGUAAUGAAAGAGUAUUGGGGAUAUUUCCCCUUAAAAGACGACUUUGUUGCCGCACAGUGUGUUGAUGUUACUGGGAAGUGGAAACGGCGUAAAGGUAAAAACACCACCGGGACGUUUCUGUUUCCUAAAGAGCCCUGGUGGAAGGUGCACUUCGGUUCUGACGAGGGAAAAGUCUCCAAGUGGAUAGGAGUUGAUAGAGAACACGGUGUUGUGCUGUUACUCAUCAAAGAAAUGGAUAAACUGCCUCUUGAGUUUGGGUGGUGUUCUGAGACGACUGGUAAUGUGUGUGCGUUGAUUCGAUGGAAUGGAGGAGAGAAGCGAGAAGUUAUUCCGUUUGGUUAUGCCUAUCCGGACGACGGCAAAUGCACCAAACAGCGCGCAAGCAAAAUUGUGAGCGGACUAUUUUGUGCUGCGAUUUCGAUGAUACAAUUUGAUGUGGCGAUUAAUGAAGAGAUGUGUCUGUUUGAUGAUCUGAUAACACAGCGACAAGUGAGCGCGUUUGUGAUCAGUUCUGGGAAAGAGGGGUGCAACUGGCGACAGAUGGGAGAACGGAGAGAAUUUUCAAACGACUUUUUAGAGUUUUUGGCGGUCUUGGGGGAUGGCGUCGAGUUGCGAGGAUUUCCGGGGUAUGCUGGAGGGUUGGACACGAAGGAGAAUGGCGAUGGGAGGUAUAGUGUUUAUGUGAGAAAGGACUGUUUUGAGGUGAUGUACAAAGUCGGCCCAAUGGUGCCGCCACAGAAGUGUUUUGAGUUGUUCAUGCAAGAGGCUGUUAUCAUACUAUUCAAGGAGAAUAGUGACCGAAUUGAUAUGAACUCAAUCAAGUCGAUCCGAACGCAGGUUGUCAUUAUAGUUACAAAGGCGAAUGGAGGGAAUUACCGAGUUGAAAUGUGGACGAAAGAAGACUCCGAAGUAGUGUCUGAUGAUUUUCCUAGCGAGCAGUAUUUAGUUGGGAAUAAAUAUUUGAGAGAGUUCAUCUUCACGUUGGUGAUCAACGCCGUGUGUGCUUCGAAUGUGAGUGGCGUGCUUGCUAGUGAAAAGACGAACGAGAGGACAAAGAUACUCGAAGGCGUGUAUAAGAGGGUUGUUGAUAAGAAGAAAUAA